UUUGCACGUUUUGAACUACAAUUAUUUGGUGGCUAUGUGGCUCGCUCAAUCUGUAACUGGGUUAAAGGGCACUGAAUUUAAACUUUGAUCACUAAGAGUGUUGGCAGGUUGCGUAUUCUGCUCAGGAGAGGGCAACGAGGCAGAAAAACUACCUGUUGUGAUUAGCGUAGGUGACGACAUCAUUUAUCCAGUUUAUGAGUUUAUAUGCAGGCUAUCUCAACCAUCCACUCUUAAACCGAUGUCUUUGUUAAUGCAAUGCAGCGAGAGGUCAUGUACCUGAUGUGUCAAUGGCAUUGUUUCAAUUGAUUCCGUGUGCCACUAGUCAUCCCUACUGUGCAUGUGGUCAGUAGUCUACGUGUGGUGAUACGUGUGAUGUGUUGUGUGUGUGAACGCAGGACACACUGCUUUGCCAGUAAUGUGAUCGAUGCGCUCAUUGGUGCGUCCCUCCAACGUGUCACCAGUUUUGGUGGAUUACCCCAGAUAUCUUCACCGUCGGGAGAGUGAAACACCAUUCCUUUUUCUCAACUCUUGUCUUCACGGUGCUGUCAACAAGGACCUCUGACAACACAUUUUUUUGAAACUUAUUACAUUCAAAGAACCACUCAGCAAAAAGGAUUUGAAGACUCGUAUUUGUUCUUUUACGCACGCCUAGCACAGAAAUACAUUUCUUUACUUCAGAGUUGAGGAUGACGCAGUCUUUUGUACUUCCAGCGUUUCUGUUUUUUGCACAACUGCUGUCGCAUGGUCUCUGGGUCAGUGGCUCCCCUGGCUGCGCGUCCUGUGGUUUGCCUGCGAUGGACAGAGACGCAGAGGAAAGUCUGAUGAUAGAGUUCGCCAAGCAGCAACUUUUGGACAAGCUGCACCUGAAAGAGAGACCAAACAUCACUCAGACGGUGCCCCGGGCAGCGCUCCUCACUGCACUGCGCAAACUUUAUUCGGGGCGCGUUGGACAGGAUAGUGCUCUUGAAGUAGCAAACAGUAGACCUAUACCUACCAACAACCAAGGAUAUGAAAUAGUGAGCUUUGCAGAUCUAAGUGAGACAGAGAUUGGGGAAACGGCCAGCCUCAGCCUAACCUUCCAGUUACUGCAGGAACAUGGCCAAAGUAUUCAGGUGCUCCAGUCUACUCUGUGGAUCUACGCCCGCUCCUCUGAGGACCGUCAUCGAGACUCCCGCCUCUCUGCCCGGGUCUUCCUCUCCGCAGAAGGUGGGAUGUCCGGCUCUAACCGCACCCUGGUGAUGGAAAAGAUGCUGGAGGUCCAGGAGAGUGGCUGGCACAACUUCCCCAUCACUCGCACCCUGCAGGCCUUCCUGGAUGGCGGCCAGAGCCGGCUGCAGCUGGAGGUCAGCUGCGAUGAGGAUGGGAAGAACCUUUGCUCCCUGGAUGGAUCUGACACCCCAAACCAGCCCUUCUUGGUGGCCCAGGUGCGUCUACGUGACGAUCACUCCAAACACACACUUAGGAAGCGCUCGUUGCGUUGUGGUGACGAUGUAAGCGUGUGCUGCAAGAGAGACUUCUACAUCAAGUUCAAGGAUAUCCAGUGGCAUGACUGGAUCAUUGCUCCUGAAGGCUACCAUAUGAACUAUUGCAUGGGUCAGUGCCCCCAACAUCUGGCUGGCUCUCCAGGUAUAGCAUCCUCAUUCCAUGCGACUGUCUUCAGCCAGCUGAAAGUCAACGGCAUAAACACAGCUGCAUCUUCAUGUUGUGUUCCCACUGAGCGCCGGCCACUCUCUAUGGUGUACUUCAACCCCCAGCACAGCAUCGUCAAAAGGGACGUCCCUGAUAUGAUAGUGGAGUCCUGUGGAUGUACAUAAAUGUAUGAAAGACAUGAGUAUGAAAGACAUGGCAUAGUUAAUGUAUAUUUGUUUCAACAAAGGAACAUUAUGUCUAGACAGAAAGAUAACACAAGAGCAGAGCAGGUGAAUUGUUUUUCUAUAUAGACAGUAUUUUGAGACAGCCAACUCUAAUUAUGUUGAUACUUGUACUGUAAAAAAAGAAAAUAGUAGUAACAAGUUUGCUUUGUUUCCAAUUAGACCAGUGUGUUGAAAUGGACACAUUUAGCAGCAUAAUGUAAACACCUAUGAUGUCACAAACAUUGUUUCAAAAUUACUACAUUAGGGAAAUAUAGGCACACAUUUUAUUUAUUUAUAUUUUAACAAAUUGUCACUUAUAUAUUUUUAUUUCACUUUAAAGUAAUGCGUAGUAUGUAAACAGCUAGUUAGAGAGAAACUGUUGAGUGCUUAGAAACAAUUGAGUGAAUCUAAAUAAGAAUAUACUGUGAGUCUGAAUGGAGACGCAUUUUUUUAUUCAUAUGUCAGAGGCUUUAACUAAAGAGAGAUUAUAAACGAAGCCACCUUAACAUACAGCAGACUCAACAAAGAAAAGGUGUGAUAUUAAUGUAAAACAUUUAUAGUGGUGAUAAGAAGAAGAAGAAGACCGGCUGAUUGAAGUUCUGCUUAUAUUAAAGGUCAACCAAAGCCCAUAGAGAUACAUAUGAAGCCUUCACUGUAGUGUACAUUUCAAAUCUUUUUUGAUUUUCUUCGUCAUAUGCAGGUUAUUUAUUUUGUCUUUCACAAUUGCUGCUUGGAUUUAGUCCAAAGUCAAAUGUUUUAAUGGAUCUCAGGAAGUUGGGAACUGACUGCACAUCUCUUUCAAAA